UUCAUCAUGGCUGUGAAGUGUAGUUGUUGAGCAAAAAGAAAAAAACAUGUGCCGCUCAUCAUGCAAUAAUUAUUCUAGUCUAUCUAUAUCUAUAUUUUUUCUUCUGUUACUCUGUGUAGAUAAUUCCUUAGAAGUAGUAGCAUAUGGAGAUCCUACUCUUGGAUUUAUCCCUGUUCCUUUGACACAAGCAAAUUUGAAACUGCAAAAACCAUAUGACAUACCCUUAGACCAAAGGUAUAGCUAUGAACAUGGAAUCCAUCGAUUAUGGGUCUACGCCGACGACAAGCCUCAUGAACCAACCAGCCGCACUCAACCUCGCACGGAAAUUUGUAUCUCAGGGCUUGACUACAACUCAGGGGUGUGGCAAUUUGAAGGGUAUGGUUUUGUACCAAAUGGAACAUCUGGUGCUACAAUAGCACAGAUCCAUGGUGCUGCACAUGGUGCUACCACACUUAUACUAAGAAUAUAUAAUAAGGGAGACAUGAGAUACUACAGCAGAGAUUCAGUGGCUGAAAAUCUUUAUGACAAGUGGUUCAGACUGAAUAUCAUCCAUGAUGUUGAUGGUGGAACCGUUUUGGUGUUCAUUGAUGGAAAGAAAAAGUUUCAUACAAAGGAUAAAGGUCCUGGAGACUUGUACUUCAAAUGUGGUGUUUAUGCAGCACCUGCUAAUAUAAGCUACUACAUGGAAUCAAGAUGGAGAGGCAUCAAAAUUUAUAGGAUCUGAACUUGAAUCUUAUUGAGAGCACUUCAUGGUGAUUGGUCACCAUGGUUUUGAAGCAUUUGCAGGCCAAAACCUCCAUUCACUCAACGACAUAUGAAUCAAGUUAUUUCAUUACAUAUU